AUACGUCGCCGAAACUAUCUGGUCACCUCGGCUUUUAUGCUUACAAUAGAUAGUGUAUAUUGAAAUACUCGAUUUUUGUUUAGUAAACACAUACCUUGUAAUUGUCACGCCGUGCCGAUGUUUUGAAUUGUUCUAGUUUACACAGAGUCUUUUACAUGGAAGAUGAAGUUGGUUGUAAUGGUAUGCUGUAUAAGCUAUGUGUUGGCAACACCGCUGAAAAUAAACAGUGUUUGGGCAGGUGGAUGCGAAGGCCAGUUCAUUGUGCAGGCAAAUCAAAAUGUUCACGGAUGGAGAGCUACUCUCCACUUUAAUAGACCGAUAUCAGUUUUAAAACCGACGCUUGCUAGGGUCGUGUCCCACAACAGUACAGUAUGGACAGUUGAAGGCUGGGCAACGAUCGCCGAACAUGUAACCCUCCAUGUGGUAUUUGUAUGUUUUUAUAGUGGAAACCAGGCACCUAGUGGAACAUACCGUAUUGAAGGAUCAAAUACUGAUAUGCAAGUGCUAUCCACAGCAUUACCUGUAGAUAAAAACAGUAUUUUUCAAGUCUCAGCAACUAAGUAUAACUACAGCGAAGCCCUCGGUCUUUCCAUUUUGUUCUAUGAGGCUCAGCGGUCUGGCAAACUUCCAGCAAAUAAUCGCAUUCCAUGGCGGGGGGACUCGGCGCUCAAUGACAGUGAUAAUGGACACGACCUGACGGGAGGCUGGUAUGACGCUGGAGACCAUGUUAAAUUCAAUAUGCCAAUGGCCUUUUCCACGUGGGUUUUGGGAUGGGGCAUGUUGAAGUUCAAGGUUGGCUAUGAGGCCGCUGGUCAACUGGACAUGGCAUGUGAUAUGUUAAAAUGGCCUCUGGAAUAUUUCCUGAAAUGCUGGGUUCCCAAUGAAAACACUUUAUAUGUACAAGUUGGAGACCUCGAAAAAGAUCAUAGGUAUUGGGGGCGGGCUGAAAACAUGAAUAUGUCACGCCCAGUGUACAAGGUAACGCCUUCUUGCGCGGGUAGUGAUGUAGGCGGGGCAACCGUGUCAAGUUUAGCUGCUGGAUAUCUUGUCUUCAAGGACGUUUGCCCAGAUAUACAGUUUGCGAACAGACUACUUUCAGCAGCUAACAGUUUAUACACGUUUACGUUCAAUAAUCGAGGAAUCUACACACGCUGUGUAAAGAAUUCAGCACAGUCAUAUCUCUCAAGUCAAGAGCGAGACGAGGUAGCAGUUGCGUCUGCGUGGAUGUACAAAGCAACAGGUGAAGAUAAAUAUCUCAAAAAUGCCAAAGAUCUUUACCCAGCCGGGCGACCAUGGUCAUUUGACUGGAAUAAUGAACAAACUGGAGCAGCGCUACUUUUAUACGAAGCUACUCAAGAUCCGAUUUACAAAGGGGAAAUUGAAACUAUGUUACGCUACUAUUUACCAGGAGGAGGGGCAUUGUACACACCAUGUGGGCUUAUGUGGCAAAUGGAGUGGGGAACUAACAGAUAUGCCGCAAAUACAGCGUUUAUUGCGCUGAUGGCUGCAGAAGAGGGAAUAUAUUCUGACACGUACAAAAGAUGGGCUAUAUCCCAGAUCAACUAUCUACUUGGUGAUAACAAACUGAAGAUUAGCUAUGAGAUUGGUUUUGGUGAUGUGUACCCUCUACAUCCUCAUCAUAGAGGGAGUGCUUGUCCGACAAACGUGGACUGGUGUCUAGAGGACGCCAGUGGACCAAAUCCCAACCUUCUACAAGGAGCUUUGGUAGGCGGACCAGACCAGUGGGAUAAUUAUGCUGACAGAAGAGGUGAUGCUCGGGCAAAUGAAGUUGCCUGUGACUAUAAUGCCGGUUUUCAGUCUGCUCUGGCAGGAUUAUUACACUUUGCCCAGAAUGGUAGCCUACCAGCAGCUCCAGACGCAAAAUGUUGAUGGAAAAAAGCUUGUUUGUAAUGUAUGGAUUGUAACAUUUUGAUAAUAAAAGUUUGUUAUAUAAAACUUUUAUCAUUGUUAAAC